UAUCGUUCGGUACGCACUAAGCAUGUGUACAUGUCGAAAAAUUCUGGCCUGUUUCGAAGUCCUGUAAAACAGACGAAACUAUCUCAAUUUGAAUUGUGCAAAAUGGAAUCACUUUCGAAGCUUCAGGAAAUUGCCCCAGAUACCGGCGAAAUCUUUACAUAAAAGAAGCUCUACAAUUGUUAAAACAACCUGAAGUCACCAGAUAAGAGACAAGGAACGAUUACAAUUUAGAUACAAGUGGGUCAACAUCAGAAUCCGAAUCGAAGAUUUUUGUUACUAGAAGUAAAUAACAGAUAUUCAUUUUGUUGCAAAUUUUUUAUAAAAGAAAUU